CUCGUCUCCUUUAACUUAAUAAUGAGUGCUACAAGAUUCCAGUCAUGUGUGGCAAAAACUGCUCGAUCCACGCUGGUUCCACAAACAAGAUCUGUUACAACAUGUACACAUUCAACCACAACGGCAGGAUCCUCGGCUCAAUGCCUCCGACUUUUACUACUUCAGGUGCAGACAGAGACACUAUUGGCCCAUGUGCCCGUAAAAUCUAGGAUCCGACGCCUACAGCUCGGUCAACAACGAACUAUACAUUCAAGCAGUCUAUCAAAGCACACCACAGUACCCAGCAUAGUAAGCGAUAAGACACAGGGAGAGCAAAGUAGUUCAUGCAAUUCAUGGAAUCAUACACAUCUAGCCGUAGACACAGGCAUAGUUGCAUACAGCAAUAGUGGUAACGACACACGGAUAUCCUGGGGCCCUGGCCCUCCUCGCAUUAUCGAGGAGAUUCUAGCCAAGGGGACUGGAAAAGCAGCAUCGACUCCAUCACGUUCGCCAUUAAAACACAAUAUUUUCCCAAGGGCUUCCUCGAUGGAUCCAAAUAUUGAUUAUUGGGCUUUAUACCAGGAGCAGCUCAAUCAAAAGAGGAUUGUCACCGAGACUGAUCUCCUACGGCUCCUUCAAUGGCUUCGGAGCAAACCCAUUACAAAUGAUACGGCUAGAAAAAUGAAUCAAGUCAUGAUGGCGAUGCAUAAACGUGAUAUACACUAUUCAUCGGACGUCUACAACGACUUUAUCUACCUUCAUAUCAAACGGAACAAGUUUCAGGAGGCGCAACGCGCGAUUGACAUUAUUUAUGAGGAACCUAUGGAUAUGGCGACAUCUCAAAGGACAUUGGCGCUUCAAAUGGCCAUGUAUCUCAAGAACGGGGAUGAAGCUAGGCUUCAGGAUUUGAUCUCUUGCAAGAGCAAUGGGCUGAUGCAGUAUAUAUCACAAUUCCUUAAUUGGACAAGAGGCUUACAACUGACGAGCAAUGAUAUCGAACGCGUGAAAUCUAUCUUUCGUGACCUCCAGAUUCAGAGCUGUCCCCCCAAUUCUAGACGCUUUACCCACUUGCUGAGUUCUUUAUUCGAAAGCAAUAGACCCGAUGAGGCCUUUGCUCUUCAGAACCAUACCCUUGACUUGGGCUUCCCGAUCAACAAGUAUACGGCAUCAGCCAUGAUGUCCGGUCUACUUAAGGCAGGGUGUUUGAAUGAAGCAACACAGAUGUGGACUCGAAUCUCGGAGCAGCCAGGAACAGCGCAUCUGGAUCUGCCCGUCAUGAACGCGCUUCUGUCAGCAUUGUGUCGUAUACCAAAAGAAUUUCCUGCCGCAUUAGAGCUAUGGAAUCAGAUCCUCAAGGACCCAGAGAUCAAACCUGAUGCACAUAGCUUUUCUAGUGUGAUGAAUGGAUAUUUCAGAUCGAAGAAUCCUGAUUCCGCCAUGGGACUAUGGGAGAGCAUGCAGCAACAGCCUUACUUUAUUAAGCCUGACUCGACUAUGUAUAACAUUGUUUUGACCGGUCUACUCCGCAACCAUCUGCCUGAAAAAGCCAAGGUCAUGUUUGAUGAGAUGACUAUGCGCAAGAAAGUCAAACCAACUUUGGAUACUUAUAAUAUUAUGAUCAAGGGGCUGCUUUCGGUUCAGGAUCAGGUGGGAGUGAAUAAAGUGAUGAGCCACAUGACAGAUUCUGGGAUUGCACCCAACGCCACUACUUAUACGAUUGUUACAGAUGUGUUGUUUUCGCAACGAGAUGCGGGGUCAGCCAUGAAAGUUGCAGACCUCAUGACAAGCCGGAAAAUCCCCAAAACAGCCAUAACAUAUUCAGCAUUGAUAGCGGGAUACGUUAAUGUCGGCAUGCUGGAUAGAGCCAAGGAAACAUUUGAGGCCAUGCAACAGGAGGGGCAUGCGCCCUCUAUCCACACAUAUGGUGCUAUGAUGCAAUGUGCUUUCAAGGGCCAUGAUAUUGAGCUGGCUGAAAAUAUGGCUCGUCUUGCUCAAACAACUACCGAGGAAGGCAUGUCUGCGGGUGCUUAUCUUAUCAUGAUCUCUGGAUAUUCUAGGCUUUCACUGAUGGAUAAUGCCGAGAGAUGGCUGAAAAAAUUUCAAGGGGAUUCGAUUGCUUGCAAUAGCGACCAGAUCCUAUGGAAAUCAUACUAUGUGUUACUCAAGGCCUGUGUGGAUAAUCAAUUGUGGGCAUCAGCAGAAAGGGUACUGGGAAUCAUGCGGGAGUUCAGAUUUCAGUCAUUAGUGCCGAAACUUAAUAGGCUGAUCGAGGAGAUAGAACAAAAUCAGGCUUGAGGUGUGUCUGGAACAACGUGUCUGACUACUUUUCCAAUGGAGAACAUGUUGAACUAACGGCAAUAAACAAUGGCGAAGAGAUCCAUCAAUCA